CUGUUCAUUCUGAAAUGUGAAAGGGUCUUUUCAUAUGUACAACUAUGAAUCGGGUCUCGGUACGCGCAUCAGCAACACCGAGCUCUCCAAAUCCGGGAGAGUAGCGCCGCUCGCGGGAAUAGCCUACCAGCGGAGCGGUACUCGCUCUGCCCGUUUCGUGCGCCAACGAAAUAUCUUCGACUAGACUGAAAUCUUCUUCGGGCACCCAAUAUAAAAAAUCUCCACUGGCAUGGAGCUAGGAGCACAUUGAUAGUGAUAGUCUACAAGAUCUUGGUUUCUAUGCAUUGCCUGCCAAAGAAGAACUGAGCCCAAUGUUUCCACACAAUUCUAGUUCACAUGAGAUUUCUACAGAAACAAAUGCCUUCGUACAAAAUUCCAUGGGGGAUGUAGUAGUAUUAGGGGAAAGCAGUCCGAUAAGGGUUGGGAAGGGAAGAGAAUCAGAGAAUGAUAGGUACUGUGAUAUCGAGUUCAUAAAAAACAUGAUGGCCAAACCUAAUAGCCAUCUCAAAAAUACCGCCGCCAAUGACUUUUUAACCGUCCUGUCGAACCAAACUGGCAAGUUUAUCUUAACCAGUCGAAGCUCGACCUGCCAGUCAGUGGCGUCGUCAACCACAAAACACCCAACAAAAAAUCAUCUUCUAACUUACGAUAAUAAUACUAAUAUUAAUGAUAAUAUUAAUAAUAAUAAUAAUAAUAAUAACAAUAAUAAUAAUAAUAGUAAUAAUAAUAAUAAUAAUCCUAAAAUAAAUCAUCGCUCAUAUCGAGCGGAACAUAAUCAUCAAGAUGAUCGAAAAAUAAUAACAGUUAAUACACAAAAAACAAGAAAAAGAAAACAACCGGGCUCGUCCGGUAAUCACAAACCGGGUAGCUCCGCCAAUAACUCUAAGUCUAUGUCUAAGACAUUAAGUGAUAAUAAGACUAGCUUUAGCGUACUAAACAUUAGGGUACUAAGUAUAAGCGUAAAUCUACGAUUAACAGGAGAUAAGUGUGCUAUCGAUGAAGGGGUACCUAGCCUAGUUAGGAUACCCAAGUCUGAUCGCCCCUCGUCAUGCCACUUUUCUCUCGACUCUCUUGACAAUUACUCCUUACUAGGAUCCUGCCUUCAUUUGGGCAAAUACAAUAAUAUUAAGUCUAAUUCUAGCCUCUUAAGUAAUAAUAACGAUAACUACAAGUCUGUGAUAUUGCUCAGCUCAACCAGUAACCAUUAUUUCCUCCGCGUUGAAAUGGACGGUGGUGCGAUUGCAACUAGUUUAUUUAAACAAAUGAAGCUAAAGUAUCAAGCUUUUACUGGUGUAAUCAAUGAAAGAAUUUCUUCAGAAAAUUUCUGUGAUUUCUAUCAAUUUAAAGAGACAUUAUACAAAGCUAUCGGAUUUAAUGCUGAGGAUGUUUUCACAGAAAGUCUGAUAAAUCCUAAGCAAUUCAUUCUAACCAGUUCGACUUUUCAAACUGCCCAGUUCAUUGACAGUGAGAGUUCUAAUGCAAUGAAGACAACAGAUGCCAUUGUAGUAAAUUUAUCUAAUAGCAAUCAGUCUAAAAAAUCUAAAGUUGCUAUUUAUUUGAAAAAUGAACAAAACUCCGAUCGAAACUUUGUUUCUGCUCCAUCGGAAAAAAUUUUCAAUAGAAACUAUUCAAUUUCUAAUCUUUUUCCGGAGGAAAAGAAUAUCAAUUACGCAAAUGAUAUGACUCGAAAUCAUUUGAUUGAUUGUGCAAGAAAUCUCAUAGCAGCAUCCAUUGGAGUUUCCAAAGACAUCUUACAAGUUCUUAAAACUGAUCUUAAGCAUAUAUUAACUCUUCUUUUUGGACCACUUUGCGAUCUUGAUGAUUUUAAUUUGGCAUAUAAAAAAAGAUGGGGAAUCCCUGAUAAUCUUAGAUUGAUUGGCGGAGGUGAAAGUUCAUUAAAUACUGGUGGAUCUGCAAAUUGGGGUUCUACACAAACUAGUACUACAAAUAAUAACAACAAUAAUCAAUCAGGUUGGGGAGGAAAUUCUGGAAAUCCUUCUGGAAAUAGUGGAGCACCUGGUAAUUGGACUGGAAGCAGUGUAAACAGAUCUGUUGCUGGGAAUCCAAAUUCAAAUCAAAAUCAAGGACCUCCAGGUGGGCAAAAUGUCUCAGGUAAUGUGAAUAAAGUAAGCAAUCCAAAUCAGCAAUCAAAUCAACAAUCAGGUCCUCCAACUUCUCAAUCAAGUGGAACAAAUCAAGGUGGUCAAAAUAGUAAUCAAUGGUCACAAGGAAAGUCUAAUAAUCCUGGAGGACCAAGUCAAAGUUCUUCUGUUCAAAAUAAUAAUGCUUCAGCCCAACAGCAACAACAACAACAGCAACAGUCAAAUUCCAGUAAUAAUAAUAAUCAGUCAAAUAAUCAGGCUCAGGGAUCUGUUAAUAGUAGUAAUACAUCUGCAAAUAAUAAUCCUUCAACAAAACAACAAUUAGAACAGUUAAAUACAGUGAGAGAAGCUCUUUUUAGUCAAGAUGGUUGGGGUUGUCAGAAUGUGAAUCAAGAUACAAACUGGGAUGUCCCAACUUCUCCAGAACCUAGUAUGUCAAAAGAUGCAGUUCCAAUGUGGAAAACACCAGUAAAUAAUGGUACAGAUUUAUGGGAAGCUAAUCUUAGAAAUGGUGGUCAACCUCCACCUCAACAACAAGCUAAAACGCCAUGGGGUCAUACACCAGCAACAAACAUUGGUGGAACUUGGGGUGAAGAUGACGAAGCAGCUGAUUCAUCAAAUAUGUGGACUGGUGCUCCAACAUCUUCUCAACCAAACUCUGCAGCUGGACAAUGGACAACUGGUACUAGUAAUCAAAGUGGCAUGUGGGGAGGAUCUAAUUGGGGUGAUCCAAGAAUUGAUCAUCGAGAUCCUCGCGAACUUCGUUCUGUUGAUCCUAGGGAGAUGCGAGAUCCUCGUGACCAUAGAAUGUCUUUGGAUCCUCGAGAACACAUUCGUGUAAUGGACCCAAUGGCUCGAGAUCCUAGAAUGACAGAUAUACGUGGGGAUCCUCGCGGAAUUUCUGGGAGAUUAAAUGGUGCUAAUGCGGAUGCUAUGUGGGGUCAACCACCAGGUCCUCCACAUCAUCAAAUGGGACAUCAACAUCCUUCAGGACCUCCAACGAAGAUGUUGAAUCCUUCCAAUAUAAAUCAAUGGGCUGCGCCACCACCAAAGGAUAUUAUGCCAGGUAAACCAACAGGUUGGGAAGAACCUUCUCCACCAACACAAAGAAGAAACGUUCCAAAUUAUGACGAUGGCACAAGUUUAUGGGGAAAUCCUGCAGCCAAUCAAAGAACUAUACCUGGCAAUAAAGUUUCUCAUUGGAAAGAUAUUCCAACACCAAAUUUAGGACGAGGAGGAAUGCAAUGUCCUCCAGGUAUGCCACAAAACAGAAUGCCAGGUCAACCUGGAAUGAAACCAGAUGUUAGUGGACCAAUGUGGGGACAUCCUGGUGCUCCUGGUGGACGAAAUGGUAGUUGGGCUGAAGGACCACAUGAUGCAGGUUCAUGGGAUGAUCCAAAAACACCAAGUACCUGGAAUGAAGCUCAAUUAAAUCCUGGCACUUGGGGUGGACCUAGUGCGCACAAACCUAAACCAAUGGGACCCACUGGAAGCUGGGGUGAUAGUGAUAUGGAUCCUACUCCUAGUUGGGGUCAUCCUGCAAAACCUACUCUUACAAAAGAAGUUAUAUGGAAUAGCAGAGAAUUUCGAUAUCUUUGCGACUUGGGAUUUAAAAAAGAGGAUGUUGAAUUAGCAUUAAGAAAUCGAGAAAUGAAUAGAGAAGAAGCUUUGGAACUUUUAAGUCAAGUACGGCCUUUAGACCAAUGGAGAAGACAUGACGCACACUCCACUUAUGAUCCAACAAAUCAAGCUACAACUGCGCCAGCAUAUCCUAGAUUUAAUCACGUCGCACAGCAAAUGUCUUUUCCUCCGGGUGCUGGAGUGCCAAGUGGAAAUACAACUGGUAGUGUGGGAGGAUCAGUCGCUAGUGCAAGUUUAUUGAAAUUGCAACAACAGCAACAACAAACUGCUGUUCCAUUACAACAACAACAACCUAGUAGUAAUGCACCUCAACCACCUUUUAAUCAGGCUUCCAGAGCUCCACAAAAUCAACCAAGUACUCAACAAUUGCGUAUGUUAGUACAACAGAUUCAGUUAGCCGUCCAGGAAGGUUACUUAAACCAUCAAAUUUUAAACCAACCACUUGCACCUCAAACUCUAAUACUUUUGAAUCAACUAUUACAACAAAUCAAAGUUCUUCAACAGCUUCAUCAACAACAUUCUGUACAAAGUACAAUGAAGGGUAAUGGGCAAUCUGUUCUUCAGAUCAGUGUACAAAUUACAAAAACAAAACAACAAAUAGCAAAUCUUCAAAAUCAAAUUGCUGUGCAACAAGCUACUUACAUGAAGCAACAACAACAGCAACAACAACAACAACAACAACAACAGCAACAUCCUGUGGCCCCAUCUCAAAGCUCAGAAUAUUAUAAGAGUUCGGUACAUGAUCCUAUGUCGGCAUUGCAAAAUAGUUUUACGGAUUUGACAAUGAAUAAAGAACCUCCUGUUAGUCAACAACAAUCAAGAUUAAACCAGUGGAAGUUACCUUCUUUAGACAAGGAUGGAGAGUUAGUUUCGAACGAGUUCUCGAGAGCACCAGGAACAACCAGUAAGCCAGCAGCUACACCGGCUGGUUUAACACGAUCACACAGUAGUCCUAACAUGAAUCCUUUGUUGGGUCAAGGAGAUGGUACAUGGUCCACCAGACUUGGAGAGAGUGGAUGGCCAGAUCCAGGUAAUACGGAUUCUACUGAUGGAAAGGAUUGGCAGUCAACUGGUGCAGCUACUGGUGCUGCUUUUACCGAUCUUGUUCCAGAAUUUGAACCUGGCAAGCCAUGGAAGGGUACCCAGAUGAAGAGUAUCGAGGAUGAUCCAAGCAUUACUCCGGGUUCUAUUCCACCGCCACAACAACCUACCAAUCCUGAUACAUCAAUACCAAGUUUGAGUAAUUCUACAUGGACGUUUAAUCCACCUGCUACUACUCCAAACGCAUUUACUAGCUCGAAAAAUACUUGGGGUGAAUCUGCACCACCGCCGACUGCAGUUACUUCAGAGCUCUGGGGAGCACCAAUGACUAAGGUUCGUGGCCCCCCACCAGGCUUAAGCAGUAAAGCCACGGGAAAUGCGAGCAAUGGCUGGGCAGGUUUUGGUACCGUCAGCAGAUCCAGUUCAUGGGGCUUUCAAUCGAGCACAAAUGCUGCCUGGGUUUCUACCUGGUUACUACUUAAGAAUCUGACGCCUCAAAUCGAUGGUUCUACUUUGAAAACCCUCUGCAUGCAACACGGUCCUGUUCAAGAUUUUCGAUUAUAUCUUAAUCAUGGAAUUGCUUUAACCAAAUAUUCAUCAAGAGAUGAGGCUAUUAAGGCACAAGGUGCUUUAAACAAUUGCGUCCUGGGCAAUACAACAAUUUUCGCAGAAUCUCCUGCGGAUACCGAAGUACAUAGCUUAUUACAACAGCUUAGUCAUGGAGGUCAACAACAAGCUGGAGCAACUACGGGAGCAGGCUGGGGCUUGCGACCAUCAAAUAAAACUGGUCCACCACCAGAUACUUGGGGAGGUAGUUCCAGUCAAUUAUGGGGCGCUCCACCGAGCAGUAAUUCCCUUUGGAGCAACGCUGGUAUAGACAGCAACGAUCAACAACGUGCUACGCCCAGUUCUCUGAACUCGUACUUACCCGGAGACCUUCUGGGAGGUGAGUCGAUGUAGAGUGCCGCACGGAGGAGCGGUAUCACUCGUGCGACGAUCGAGCCUUCUACUUCACGAUACGUCAAUUAUAUUCUGCAUUGUCAGAUGGAUCGGUUCUCGCGAUGAAGCUACUUAAAUCAAUGCCGUAUCAUUUCGGCAGCAAUAAGGAUCUGAUUCGUUUUUUUCCAUUUGGGAUUCGAGGAUAAUGGAGGCAAGGGAGGGUAUAUCAUGAAUUUCAAGGCUUUUGGUGUGCGUCAUGCUUUUUUAGUAGUUUGGUCCAGAGUUGAGUAUAUUUAACAAUAAAUAGAAUGCCACUAUUGUUAUUACGCGUACUAUAUCUACGUACUACGUAGUUUGAAAUUAAAAUUAAUAUUGACGUUAUGAUAUUAUUUCUGUUUUAGUUUUGAUAAUUUAAUAUUUUAAUAUUUUACAUUAAUAUUAAUCUCAUUCGCGAAAAAGCGUAUAUGUGCAAAGUGCACACCAUGUUUGACCGACACGUUUUAUCGUGUUCAAUUAUUCAAUUAAUAUCUAUCCAUUC